UGCUCGUGGGACGGUUUUGAUUCGAAUGGAUAAACACAAGCGUGUUUAAUCUCACAGAAAAGCGUUCUAUGAGUGCGGGAUAUACUGGAGUGUCAUCAUGUUCUCAUUGAAUAUUCAUGAACUGACGUGACGUUAUAAAUACACUCGUCUCAGUUUUUCUCGUGAUUCAGUGGUGUGUGUGACAGCAUCAUCAUCAUCAUCAUCAUCAUCAUCAUGACUCUGGCUCCUAAAGAGCUGUCGAACCUGCUGGGCAUCAUGUCUGAGGACGCGUGCAGUAACAGUUUCGAGCAGCUCUCCACGGCGUUCCACCACUGCUUCGGUAAAGCCGAACACUUCCGUGUGGGUUCGGUUCUGGUGAUGUUACUGCAGCAGCCGGAUCUUCUCCCGAGCGCUCCACAGCGGCUCACAGCGCUCUAUCUGCUGUGGGAGAUGUACCGCACCGAGCCGCUGGCCGCAAACCCCUUCGCCGCUGUGUUUGCUCACCUGUUGAACCCCUCACCUGCCGGAGAAGAGCAGGAGAACCCGCUCUCAGGCUUCCUUCCUCCAAUCACACUGUCAGAGAAGUUCUUCCUGUCUCAGCUGAUGCUCGCCCCACCGCGAGACCUGUUCAAGAAGACGCCGAGACAGGUGUCCUGUAUGGACGUGGGCUCCGCGCCGCAGACUAUAGACAUCAGUGGACUGCAGCUCGCACUCGCUGAGCGUCAGUCUGAGCUGCCCACUCAGAGUAAAGCCAGUUUUCCCAGCCUGCUUAGCGACCCGGACCCCGACUCCUCCAACUCCGGCUUUGACAGCUCAGUGGCCAAUCAGAUCACAGAAUCACUGGUGACAGGACCACGCCCUCCUCUUGAGAGUCACUUCCGUCCGGAGUUGAUCCGGCCCACUCCGCCUCUGCUGGUGUGUGAGAAUGAGCUGGCCUGGCUGAACCCGUGUGAACCGGAUCACAGGAUCCAGUGGGACCGCUCCAUGUGUGUGCGCAGCGGCACGGGAGUGGAAAUCAAGCGCAUCAUGGCCAAAGCUUUCAAGAGUCCGCUGUCUGCCUCACACCAGACGCAGCUGCUGGGGGAACUGGAGAAAGACCCAAAGCUGGUUUAUCACAUCGGUCUGACCCCAGCUAAACUACCGGACCUGGUUGAGAACAAUCCUCUGGUGGCCAUCGAGAUGCUGCUGAAGCUGAUGUCAUCGAGUCAGAUCACAGAAUACUUCUCUGUCCUGGUCAACAUGGACAUGUCCCUGCACUCCAUGGAGGUGGUCAACAGAUUAACGACCGCUGUGGAUCUUCCUCCUGAGUUCAUUCAUCUGUACAUCUCCAACUGCAUCUCUACAUGUGAACAAAUCAAAGACAAAUACAUGCAGAACCGAUUGGUGCGUCUGGUGUGUGUGUUCCUCCAGUCACUCAUCAGGAAUAAGAUCAUCAAUGUUCAGGAUCUGUUCAUCGAGGUUCAGGCCUUCUGCAUCGAGUUCAGUCGAAUCCGUGAGGCGGCGGGUCUGUUCAGACUCCUGAAGACGCUUGAUAACGGAGAGACACCCGCAGAGAGCAAGACCGUCAAAUAAUCCGUCAGAACGAUGCACUUGACUGCUGCACUUGAUCCUGUAUGAACUCUUCUCGUUUCCCAGAGGAGCGAAGUAUAGGUCUCUGCAGGACACUAAUGGGUGUUUUCAAAGCCGGAUGGGCGUUUCUAAACUAUCCAAUGAAAGGUUGUUUUGAAAAGGACUCUGAUUGGGAAAAGCCCAUUUUUGUUAAGCCUCAGAGGAUCAGCACCUGCUGACAGAGGUACAGGUUACCUCAUUAUUUUUAUAAUGAACUUUCUAAUUUCUGUUGGUACACGUACAACAUUCUGAAUCUCUUGUGUUCCCCAUUAAAGUGAUGGAUCCUCACAUGGGACAUCAGACGUUCUUAAAGUCUACAAUGUUUCUUUACUCUGUAGGAGUACUGACCUGCUCCACAGGUGAAGAUGCACCUGACAUUCCAUUCUUUUUACCUUUUUUUUUAGGUGUGAUUUACCCUUUUUUCUUUCAAUCUGGAACACCCAAUUCCCAAUGCGCUCUAAGUCCUCGUGGUGGUGUAGUGACUGAAAUUUGGUUGAUUUGUCCGCGCAUCUUAUUACGUGACUUGUUGAGCGCGUUACCAUGGAGACCUAGUGCGUGUGGAGGCUUCACACUAUUCUCGCGGCAUCAACACACAACUCACCACACACCCCACCAAGAGCGAGAACCACAUUAUAGAGACCACGAGGAGGUUACCCCAUGUGACUCUACCCUCCCUAGCAACCGGCCCAAUUUGGUUGCUAAGGAGACCUGACUGGAGUCACUCAAAC